AUGAAUUUAUGGCAAGGACUUGAAGCUAUUGUAAAGAAUGACAGUAAGUUUUAUUGGUUCAUUUAAUUUAAUAAAUAUAUUUUCUUUAAGAAGUAAAAUAAUUAUCAAAUACUCAUACUAUAUAAUCACAGCAAUAUUAAUUUUUCAAUUGUAAGUAUAUCUAACUAGAAUUAUCUUUUAUUGAGGUUCAAAGCUAAUUUUAUGCAACAUAGCCUGCAUUUAUUAUGA